UCUAAUUUUUAUACUUUCAGACAAAUGGUGACAACAUGAAUAUAAUGCGAAAGUUCCUGGGGGGGUCAGGAGCAGGAGGACAGACACCCGGAGAAGAGAACCAGGACGGAUACAGACCGGAGCAAGAACUGCUUGGUUUAAACCAUCUGAAGAAACUGUAUAUUGAAUUCUCCAACCCUACACAUCCUUUAACAUCCCCGGAGCGUGAAACCCGUCUUUACGCUAUGCUUCCUCUCUUUUGUAAGAUAUUUAAUUCGGUUCCUCCGAGAGUUAUCCCGGAGAAAUUUCCAGAUACAAACGCGUUCGCACAGGCAGCAUCCAAACUACUAGUCACAGAGGUUCGGCGACGAGCGUCUAACGAAUCUACCGAGGCCGCUGCUAGUGGUAUUGCUACCUUCCUGGAGCUAGAUGGUAACGAGGAGACUAGUCAGGGCUGGAUGCUCAUCUCAACCCUCAACCUUCUAGCAGCAGCGGGAGAAAACUUAGUAGAGGUGAUGACAGCAGCCAGUGUACCCUCGACCCUAGUCAAAUGUUUAUACCUGUUUUUCGACCUCCCGGAGCUAGAUGAAACCUCAAGUAAGAACUCGGAGAGUGAGACGGAGUUCACACUCCGGGAAAAGAGGAUUCUUCUACAGAAAAUGUUUCUCCAGAUCCUGAUGCGGUUGUGUUCUCAUAUCUCCGCAGUAGAAGAACUGGCGAGGAAGGAUGAUCUAACUCUUCUCUUCUCCGCUAUCAGCUCCGUCUGCCCAGCUCAUAAUAUGAUCUGGAGGAAAACCUCAAGUGAUAUUCUUCUAACCGUCUCCAGACAUUCUCUCUCCCAGCCCGUGAUCUCAUAUCUUCAUAACAAGGGUUGUAUAGCUCUAUGUGUGGAGAAUAUGCAGAAGGUUUACUGUGACGGACCUGAUCCAACCCCUGAAGCUACUCCGCUAGAGAUGGUGGAGAUGUUUGUAUCUCUCUUCUGCUUCCUCAAGGAUUCCUCCACUGUGUCCCCAACACUGUUGGAUGAUUUCAGAACGUGUCAAGGAUACAUUUUUCUCUCCGAGUUUCUUCUGAGAAUGGAGAAGGACUCCGACCCUGAGUCAAGCGAGGCUGUGAGGAACCUGGUUUUACUGGUCGCUAGCCUCACGUUCUGCGGACACACGGAGCUACCACCUCCUUCAACCGUAGUCUGCUCCUCCCUUUACCAACUACCAGACUUCGAGACUCCGAUACCAGAAAACAGAGGAUCUACUGUUAGAAACAUACACGCCUUCCAGGUUCUACAAUCAGUUUUCCUGAAAUGUGAGAGCUCCGGGUUGGGUGGAACUAUCCUGGACGCGAUCUCAACCAUUUAUCAUGGAGAUGGCGCUAACUACUUCCUUCUCCAGAACCAGCACACCUUGAGUCAGGCAGCUGAGAAGAUAGCCCUAAAACCAAGUAUAGUUCAGGAGAAAUUUUUCCAACUGAUUGAGUUCCUAGUUCACCAUCUUCAUUAUAUUCCAACUAAAGAAUUAAUAGCUAUAAGCCUGAUCCUGAAGAGUAAGAAGAACCUGGACUGCUGUAUGCUGGCAGUGCAGUCUCUCAUCUCUAUAAUCAAGUUCGACAAUAUUUUCAAGGAUGUUUUCAGAGAAGUUGGAAUGGUUGAGGUUUUGGUUUGUUGUCUUUCUCUCUACACCAACUAUUUAUCAUCAGAGGAUAAUUACACUCAGGCUGUAUAUCAACCGAGUAUGGUUCCUCUUGGAGAAAUGGUUAUCAUUGCCCUCACGGAGUUGUUAACUGGUUGUCCUCAGAACGCUGGAGUUUUCCGUGAACUGGGUGGAUUCAACCUAGCUGCAGCUCUCAUGCACCACCUGGAGACUCGGGAUAGCGGGUUAAGUAUGCUCCAGCAGCUGAUUAUCAGUGCUGGUCCUGGAGGAGAGGAGGAUAUGACAGGACUCCUUGAACUCCUACAUAACACUGGUACCACAGACCUGGAGCUGAGAGCGUCCAUUAUCAAGUGUCUGGUUGGGUGCCUCAAGGAGUCUCAUAGGUGUAGAACAGUGUUUAGGAGAAUAGGAGGGUUCGUAUACAUCAUGUCAAUCCUGAUCAGCCUAGAGGGUAGUUUAGACACCUCGGAGAAUAUCCAGGAUGGACCCUGGAAGGAUAUUGAUAGAAAGAAUGUCUAUGUUCUUUUGAAAGAUAUAUUUACAAGUCUUGCUGUUGCUAUGCGCUACGAACCGGCCAAUGCCAAAUUUUUCCACGAGGAAAUAUCUCAAUCUAGUCUCUCUGAGUCCCUUCUUCUCCUGGGAUGCUUCUCGGAUGAAAGUUCUUUUCAAUCCUUCUCUAGUAGCCCUGAUCCAACAGCUAUCAAUACAUUUCAGUUGAUAUUCUCUUCAUUGCAUCCUGACAAAGAGAACUCUGAUUCUAUUUCUCCGAGACAUGAGUCCUGCUGUGUGAUAUUAAAACUUCUCUAUGAUCUCGCAGUGGAUAAUUACAAGGUGAGAGCAAAAUUAAGUUCUUCGUCCUCUUCAGUCAAAUCCCAUUGUUCAGCAAACCAGGAUUCUCAGGACAGUACUCCAGGAACCCCAAACCAGAAAAAGAAGAUAAGCUCUUUGAACUUGUUCCCGAAACAACCGGAACCUAUCCUUGUUCAUCCAGGCGCUGUCUCAACCAUGUUUAAACUGAUACCAUUCCUUUAUCACUUGGAAGAUAAAAACAUGUCAGAAAAUAUUCAACUCUUUGCCGCAGAGACGGUUAAAUCUCUGCUUAGAUGUGAGAAAAAUCAACAGAUAAUGUGCGAGGCAGGUUUUAUGAGUGAGAUAUUAAAACAAUCUGGCGCUAUAUUGGAGAAUGAAUCUCACACCCUGCAUUCUACCUUUCAAUAUUUGUUGGAGAGAUUAGCAGCUCAGAAGCUUACUCCUCAAGAUUUAAGGAGUUUCCUACGACUUGGAUAUCCUUUGGCCUGUCUUUCCACAGAGGAAGCGGAUAAAAUGUACCUUGAGCUCCCAGCCAAUCAAAAACCAUUUGGAGGAUUUGUUCCUUUGACCAGAAUCAAAACCUUAGUCUCCAUGACCUCUGCAAAGGAUCUUCAUAUACAAAACAAUUCCAUUCUUCCACCAUUUGUUGAGUUUGAUAUGUCCUCUGAAGGUUUUGGAUGUCUUUAUAUCCCCAGCUUGUGUCCUCAGUCUGCGUCCUCCCCUGGACUCGGAGGAGUUAAUUCCCUAGGAUCUCAGGAUCCAACCGUUCUCGGGGGAAUAGGGUUAGGAGAGAGAGCAUUCCCACCUCAACAAGGACUAACCUUCUCAACCUGGAUCUGUAUUGAUAAGUUUAGUGAUCCCCGAGCUGAUCCUCAUCCUGUCAGAUUAUUAACGAUUGUUAGAAAUGUAAAAUCUGUUCCUGAAUCCAACCUAGUCUGUCUCUCUAUAGUUCUCUCCACCAGGGACAAGGCUAUAGUUGUGAGUGUACAGGAAUCUACAGCUGAGCAGUCCAGUGAUUGGCAACCAGAGUUUAACGGAGAAUGGGGAACCAGGGUUUGGUUUCCAGAUAUAAUGAAAGAAGGAGAAUGGCAUCAUCUUGUGUUUGUAUUGAGCCGACAAACCAUGAAGAACUCAAUGCUAACCAUGUCAGUUAACGGUGUUCAAGUUGCUCACACUAAGAUGCAUUAUAUGAAUCAGAACCCUGGUGGAGCUACAGCCAGUGUAAAUGCAUUUUCCGUGUUUGGAUGGAUUGGAACCCCUCCGGCCUGGAGGAGACAGUCUAGACUCUGCUGGAAGCAAGGGCCCUGUCUUCUCCUAGAAGAUGUUAUUAGUCCCAAUCUGGCAAGUAUUCUCUACAGACUAGGACCUCAUUACCUGGGUUCUCUCCAGGCUCCACAGAUCACAUCUUCACAUGAAGUUCUCACAUCACAAAUAUCAGAGGAUAAAGUUAUCCUAGGUCUCAACUCUGUAGCAGUCACGGAGAUGACGCUGUCCAGAAUUAGAAAGGUUUACAGUAAAGUAGACAACAAGAGUAUUGCUAAACAGUUGGGAAUGACAGCUCAUGAGAACGCAACUCCUAUCAGAGUUCUUCACAAUUCCUGCGAACACCUCUCCGGUCCUGCUCGACCACUAGGCGGAGUUGUGAUUGGUUAUCUAGGAGUCCGGGUCUUCACACCACAACCUGUUUCUAAAACAAUCCAAACUGUUGGAGGAUGCAGUGUACUCCUGGGUUUGAUAGCAAUGGCACGGGACGAAGAAAGUUUAUAUGCUGGAGUUAAAGCAUUGGUUUGUGUCCUAAAGAGUAAUCCAUUCUCUAGAACUGAGAUGGAAGAUGGCAAUGGAUAUCAGAGCAUGGCCAUGCUCCUACGUAAAAAAUCUUCAUUCUUGAAUUCUAACAUUUUGCAUUUAAUAUUUACACUGGUUGGAACAAUUGACACACACAAAGAUAAUUCAGGGAUACCAAACCUUUCCGCAUUUCGAGAUCUUCUCUGUGAUCUAGAACUAUGGCACCAGGCUCCCUCAGAGGUGGAGAAAUCUUUAUUCGAACAUUUCUUCGAACUUCUCUCCGACACCGGUCUACAGAGAAACAGUUCGAAUAUUAAGCUCCUACGAGAGUGCCACCUAGUGGAGAAACUUUUAGUUAUUCUAAAGAAAUCUAAAGGAUCCUCCACAACUACUCUGACCUUGCUAAACGUCCUUCAUGCUCUACUCUGCACCUCUCCUAGAGUAACCGAUGUUUUAUGUUUCACCCAAUUUACUGCUGCUACUAUACUUACAAGUCUAGAGGAUGAAAAGAUUAUUGUUCUUAUUCCUGGAUCUGAUGGAACUGAAUGUAAACAUGAAGAGAACUCGGAACUAUCCGUAGAAGAAUCCAAGAUAAUUCUGAGGAACCGAUGUCUUAAACUUUUCUUUUCUCUCCUCUACAUGGGGAAGAAGAUUAACCAGAAAUUUUGUGAGGAGAUCAUGGGGAUUGUAGGGUUCGAUUGGGUUCUUCUUUUUCUCCAAGCCCGUCUCCACACCACCACUGUAGUCUGGGCUCUCCGGAUCCUUAUGACGUUGAUCUCCAUCCCAACCCUCCUGGAGAAGUUCCGAGAAGGUUCCUGUAAUGGAGGAUGGAUUAUGAAAUCUGAACUCAUCCUGCAAAAUAAGAUGGGAGCAGCUCUGGGUCAAACCUCCAACUCCUCGAAGGUUAAACAAAUGAGAAUCCGUCAGGAUAUAUUUAGUAUCCCUGGAUUCCAACUCUUUAACUGGUUGAUGCCUCUGCACAUCUCUAUACCAGAGGUUUAUUAUCUUCUGCUAGCUAUGGUGCUAGGUCAACCUGUUAAAACUCUUCCUAGUUCAGCUACACUAGAUCUAGACUCUGUAUAUAAUUAUAUAUUCGGAGCUAGUUCCGCCGAGGUUCUCAAUAGUGAUCUUUCAUCCCGAGCCACGGUUUGCGGAGAAGCAAUGGUUACAGUUCUCUGCAUGGUGAGAACGAUGUUAAAUGAUGAAACAAAAUCUCCUGAUAAACUUCCAGAAUGGAUGAAGGAAUACCCUGUAACUUUGACCCAGUUUUUAUUCUACCUGUACCAUAAUGUUCACGAGUUUAUGCACGUGUUCAUGGGAAGCAAUGUUCUCACAGCUCUAGCAGGAACUAUCUUCCCUGAGAUCAGUUCAGGGUCGGAUACAACCAGUUCAUCUCCAACAGGUUCUCCAGCUAGGGAGAUAGAUAUAGAGAGACCAGUUGUUCUCCACCUACCUUCACAGGAUGAUUCUUUAACCAACCAUCCCGCGAAGAGGAACGUGAUGAACUUUCUCCGAGUUCUGGUUGUGGAUAGUUUAUCCCUAGCUCCUGCUCCUAAACAACCUCCUGUUAUUGAUUCGCUGCUGGAUGCACAGCCUGAUAACUCAUCUCCCUCCCAGCAGAACAGGUUCCAGACAGAUUUACUGACAAUGAUAAUGGAUCAUCUAGUAGCUGCAGAUAUACUUAUCGGAGAACAAGCAGCUCUCCCAAUAGUUCCAGGUGGUUCCUCGCACCAUAUAGCUGGAAAUGUGUUCUACCUGGCCGCGAGGCUUGUGGAUAAACUAUGGCAAGGAGUAUUCAAGAAAGACGCAAACGAGGUUUUCCAAUUUAUCCUCAACCUCAUAGCUCAGGCGAAGAGAAGGAGUGGAACCUCCGUCCUCUCCCUAGAGGGUAUAUUUAGAUGUUUGAACAGAACUGUUCUCUAUAUGCUCUCUAGACCUGUCAGAUCUGUUCAGGAUCAGAUCUCCGUGAUGGACGUGUUCCACAAACUCAUCACAAACAGAGCUGUGCUCUUCGGUCGGGAUAAUCCCGAGGUAGAAUUCUUCGGUUGUUUGACCUUCUGCCUUCUCCAGCUGACAGACGGACUAGAGGUUCCACUUCACGGAGAUUCUGCUAGAACACAGUGGCACGUAUCCUCAGUAGAUGAUCUAGAUAGUCCGGAGGGAAUUAAUAAACUUCAAGGAAAGAAUCUCUUGAUCACCUCCGCAAACAAGGUUUGGGAAGAACUGUUUUUUAACAAAAAGUCCGCCAUUGAGGAGGUAACAAGGGUUUCAUUUCCGUAUGGAAAUAAAACCCCGAGCCUGGAAAGCGUGAGGGACUUGUUACAUCAGCCUUCGCACAAGGUUUGGAACCAGUAUAUUGAGAUGGAACGGAAAGCUUGCUACCAGAGAAUUCCAGCCUGGGAGAUACAUACUCAUAUACAGAGCAGGAUACAGAAGGUUGCUGGAGGACUGACUGGAGGAUUAAAACGGCUGACCUCUGUCUCCGGACCCAGCAAAGCAAAGAAGGAAGAAGAGAAGAAGAUUGAACUUUCCAACCUUCAGUUCUCCGAGGUAGAAGCAGCAGUUCUAAACCAGAUAACCAUAGUAUCUGAGGUGGUAGAACAGCACGAGACACAGAGAAAGCAGACGGAGCAGCAUAUGCUGACAUACUCGGAGGAGGAAUGGUUGAAUACUGAAGCACAGCUGACAAGGGAGAGAGGAGUAUGGGGACCAAUACAAGAAGGAAAUCUCAUGAAGUGGCAGUUAGAUGUUACAGAGGGACCCUUCAGGAUGAGAAAACGAAUGGUUCGGGAUGAAUAUUUCUACUACAGGUAUCCCUACAGGUCGGAUAAGAACGGAGAAAAACCACAUAAGUAUAAGAGACCGACAAGCCAUGACAGUAAACUCUGGUUUGAAGAGCAUCACAACAGAGCACUGUUUGAACGGGAAGAGCGAGCUAUGGAGCUGGAUUAUGAUGAUUGUGAUAUUGCUGUUAAUGAUAAAUCGGAAGGAUUGACAAUUGAUGAGCAGAUGAGAGAGAUUGGGUUCAAGGGACUGAAAUGUGCUCCGAAGGACCUGGAUCUGGAUGGUAAUGAAGGGGACGGAGAGGAACCUAUUGAGACCGAGGAUACCAAGGACAGUUUAUCAAGGACGGAGGAAGAGGAUAAGACGGAUCCCUACUCCUCUCCAGCUAUGGAAGAAUUCUCCUCAGCCUACCAGACUGUGAUGAGACUACUUGAAAACGGAGAGAGAAUUCACUCUAUGUACAGGUGUGCUCGGAUACAGGGUUUAGAUAUAAUGGAGGGAUUGCUUCUCUUCGGCAAAGAACAUUUUUAUGUGAUAGACGGAUUUACAAUUGUAAACCAGAGGGAGGUUCAUGAUAUUGAUUUCAUUCCUGCUAAUCAGUAUGAUUCUAUAAUACCCUGUGUACCAGGGCAAGUUCCUAAAAUUAAACCAAAGAGACAUGUUUCAAAAUUUGCAUUUGAUGACGUUAAAGAAGUUCACAAGAGAAGAUAUUUGUUACAACCUAUUGCUAUUGAAGUAUUCUCAAAGAACGGGCAGAACUACUUGCUAGCGUUCCAGCGACAGAAUAGAGGGAAAGUGUAUCAGAAGUUCUGUAUUAUUGCCUCAAAUAUUUUGGAAAACGCAGCUCAAUCUGUCUCUGGUCAAGGUAGAACUGCUAACGUGGAACAAGCUACCGGUUUAUUCUCAACCCUCAUUGGAGAAACAUCGGUCACACAGCGCUGGGUUCGAGGAGAAAUAUCAAACUUUCAGUAUUUAAUGAGUUUAAACACCUUGGCGGGAAGAUCUUACAAUGAUCUGAUGCAGUAUCCUGUGUUUCCAUGGAUCCUAGCGGACUAUUCUAGCGAGGACCUGGAUUUAACAAAUCCGAAAACAUUCCGAGAUCUCUCCAAACCCAUGGGAGCUCAGACAAUAUCCCGGUUGGAUCAGUUCAGGAAGAGAUAUAAAGAAUGGGAUGAUGCUGGGACGGAUACUCCGCCCUACCACUAUGGUACACACUACUCCUCCGCUAUGAUAGUCUCAUCUUACAUGGUUAGGUUGGAACCCUUCACCCAGCACUUUCUCCACCUUCAGGGCGGACACUUCGACUUGGCGGACCGGAUGUUUCAUUCUAUAGCAGAGGCGUGGGAAUCUUCCAGUAAAAAUAAUAUGGCGGAUGUCCGAGAACUUAUUCCUGAGUUUUUCUACCUUCCGGAUUUUCUGGCAAACAGAAAUAAUUUCGACUUCGGGAUGAAACAGAGCGGAGAGAGUUUACAUGAUGUUAUUCUUCCAGCUUGGGCUAAAAACGAUCCCAAGGAGUUUAUUCGGGUUCAUAGAGAAGCUCUUGAAUCUGAUUAUGUUUCUGCAAAUCUGCAUAAAUGGAUAGAUCUGAUAUUUGGAUUCAGGCAGCAGGGAGAACCAGCGGCUGAAAGCUCGAACGUCUUUCAUCAUCUGUUCUACGAAGGAAACGUGGAUAUAUUCUGUAUAGAUGAUCCACUCCAGAGAAAUGCAACCAUUGGAUUUAUAAACAACUUUGGACAGAUCCCCAAACAACUUUUUAAAAAAGCGCAUCCAGCCAAGAAAGUUUUAUCUAAAAACACGGGUGUGGAAGUUUCAGGUUCCAGCUUAAACUCAAAAAUAUUUUUCCACAAUUUAUCCAACCUGCGACCCAGUAUGGUUCCCAUCAAGGAGCUAAAGGGGCCCGUUGGAGAAAUCUAUCCUACAGAGAGAAUGGUUUAUGCAGUGGAGCAGAACAAGGUUAUAGUUCCCGGCAACUCCAACCGCUACCUAGCCUGGGGGUUUGCAGAUCAAAGUUUCCGUCUUGGCAACUAUGAUACUGAGAAAGCUGUCUUUAUCUGUGAACCUAACUAUCUAGUUGGAGAGGUUCUAACCUGUGUGUGUCCCAACCCUAAACUAGUUCUCACCGCUGGAACCAGUACUGUAGUCUGUGUCUGGAUUUAUCACAAGAAGCUGAAACAGCUCCAUCUUCAACAUUCCCUGUACGGACACACUGAUGCUGUUACCUCACUAGCUGCUAGUCCUGGUUGGGGUGUAGCUGUAUCUGGUAGUAGAGAUACAACUGUUAUUAUCUGGGAUAUUGCCAGGUUCUCCUAUAUUAAAACAUUGUCCGGUCACGCUGGUCCAGUAGCAGCAGUUAAUAUUAAUGAGCUAAACGGUAAUAUUGUUACUUGUGCUUCAUCUAAAGUAUAUCUCUGGGAUGUGAAUGGAUUACCUGUUGCUAGUGUAGAAACAUCUCCUGGAGUUGAUAAGAAGUUAAAAUGUCAAAUCCUUUGUGUUGCCCAGAGUCAGAUGUAUGAAUGGGAUCGUCAGAAUGUAAUCCUGACUGGAGGUAGUGAUGGUGUAGUCAGGAUGUGGUCUCUUGAUUAUGUUGAGGUUCCCGUGCAAACUUCAGAAAUUCAAGAACCCGGAACCCCCGACUCCGACAGAACGAAUAUAUCAACGGUAACGGAGCUGGCGAAGAAGAUGUCCAUCUCCUUGUCCGGAGAUUGUCUGAGUAGUUUACGGGAUGCAGUAGCACGUCAUCACAAGGUUUCUCUGACCAGCGAGAGAUCUGUUGAGGAUCAAUCCUCAGAUACUGAGGACUGUGACGAGAUCACUGCUGAUAAACAUUCAGAUAUUGAUUGCUCCGACGGACCAUCUCCUGCUCCUGAACUAACGGUGGAUCCUCCAAGUCCAAUCAAAUCUACAAACGGAGUAGACACCGCAGCGUCAAACAAUGCUGAUCCUCCUGAGAUCAAUGUAACAUACCCCUCGGAUGAUAGUUUUGUAGUGGUUGAGGGUCCAGUGGAGGAAGGAGUAGAAGUUCUUGACUCAGGACCUGCCAUGAUGCCUGGAGACGGAUAUAUGUGGUCAAGGCAGCUAGUUUUCCGAGCUAAGCUAACUAUGCACACGGCAUUCGAGCGCAGUGAUAAUAGUGAACCUGCCGCUGUGACGGCUCUAGCUACCUCUAAGGAUCAUAAAACUCUGUAUGUGGGAGAUGAGAGAGGUCGAGUAUUCUCCUGGAUGGUUUCUAACAAACCAGGGAAAGGUUUAGUAGAUCACUGGAUGAAGGAUGAUGGAACAGACUCAUGUCAAGCUUGUGGAAUCAGGUUUACUAUGUAUGAGCGAAGACAUCACUGUAGGAACUGUGGAAAUCUUUUUUGUUCUUCCUGUUCCAGAUAUCAGGCCGAGAUACCUAGAUUGAAGAUACAUCAACCUGUUCGUGUUUGUAAACAUUGCCAUUCCUUGUCCUAAUCUUAUAUAUAUUCUACUCUUGUACCAUCUACUGUACACGCCAUAUCAUUAUUUAAUCUGUAACAUUCAUGCUUAUUGUCAAUCCUAGUCCUUUUAGUUCAAAUCCAUGUAUUGUACCGUGUGUUUUUACUGUACUGUCCAGACUUACUCCAUGCUGACGCUUUAAUAUUUGUUUAUUUGUUUACUAUGCACAUGGUACGUACAAUGUACACUAGUGUAUUAUAAACAUCUAUGCAUAUAUUAAUUAAACUAACAGACAAGACAGUUGAUGUCGUCUUUUCAAGAUUUGGGUGAACGCGUUUACAAUAACCCUGCGGCAGAAGCCCAGAGAAGUUUCGCGCAGUCGGCGUUAUUGUGGACGAGUCUGAUCCAAAUCUCGAAAAGACGACAUCUAGUGUCCUAUUUGUUAUUUAAUUAAUCUAUUCAUCUAUGUAUUACCUUAGUCAAAAGCUUGUUUUACCAACUUAAAUUUUCCAAGAUAUUUUGUAAUAUUAGAGUUGGGAAUUAAUGAAUUGGGAGAGAUAGUUUAACCACUGGUUCUAAAUAUGGUCCGUUGUUGUGCUUUCUAAAUGGACGUAGAUGUAAAGAAUACACACUUCGUUUUUAAAUAGAUAUCAAAGAGUUAUAAUGCUAAUUGGGAUAAUCUGUAGUUUAACUAAAUAUCUCUAUUCAUAAAUUCUCAGCUCCGACGCCGAGGUCUUUUUUUAAUCGCAACCCAAAAUAUCCAUCUGCCUGAGCUUAAAACUGGGAAUAUUAAAGUGCAUAAAGUUACAAAACUAUAUCCUCAAUUAAAUUUUAUCAUUUUUACUUAAAUUACAUGAUAUUAUUAAAAUCCUUGAAAAUUAUAUCUUGGGAUUUUUCUUGAAUUUUUGAUAAUUUGUCGUCAAACAUCUCAUGCUUUCAACACAUACCAGACAUACUGUUAAUAUUUAUUCUUAAAUAUAAAUCCUUUUUUAGGAUCAAACCAA